CGCGGGUCCGGGCGACUGCGGGGGCGCCCUGUCGCCCGGCGGCCCCGUCCCCACCCGCAGUCGGCGGCAGCGGGCGCCGAGUCCCAGCUUUGUAGAAAGCCAACCUCAGAGAGGCAGACGGGAUGGCUAGCUCAGCCCGGGAGCACCUGCUUUUUGUGAGGCGUCGAAAUCCCCAGAUGCGGUACACACUGAGUCCAGAGAACCUCCAGAGCCUGGCCGCCCAGAGCUCCAUGCCCGAGAAUAUGACUCUACAGCGGGCCAACAGCGACACCGAUCUGGUGACUUCUGAGAGCCGCUCCAGCCUGACUGCCAGCAUGUAUGAGUACACGCUGGGGCAAGCUCAGAACCUCAUCAUCUUCUGGGACAUUAAAGAGGAGGUGGACCCCAGUGAUUGGAUUGGACUUUAUCACAUAGAUGAGAAUUCUCCAGCCAACUUCUGGGAUUCUAAAAACAGGGGUGUAACCGGAACACAAAAAGGACAAAUUGUAUGGAGAAUUGAGCCUGGGCCUUAUUUCAUGGAGCCGGAGAUAAAAAUCUGUUUCAAAUACUACCACGGCAUUAGUGGAGCCCUGCGAGCCACGACCCCCUGCAUCACGGUGAAGAACCCCGCUGUGAUGAUGGGGGCAGAAGGCAUGGAAGGAGGUGCUUCAGGAAGUCAGCACUCUCGAAAACUCGUUAGCUUUACGUUGUCUGAUCUUCGGGCAGUUGGGCUAAAGAAAGGGAUGUUCUUCAAUCCUGACCCUUAUCUUAAGAUGUCGAUUCAGCCAGGGAAGAAGAGCAGUUUCCCCACUUGUGCCCACCAUGGGCAGGAGAGGAGGUCUACUAUCAUCAGUAACACCACAAAUCCAAUUUGGCACCGAGAGAAAUAUUCCUUUUUCGCACUCCUUACUGAUGUCUUAGAAAUUGAAAUUAAAGACAAAUUUGCCAAGAGCCGACCUAUCAUCAAGCGUUUUCUGGGGAAACUAACCAUUCCAGUCCAGAGGCUUUUGGAGCGACAAGCCAUCGGUGACCAGAUGCUCAGCUACAACCUCGGCAGAAGGCUCCCAGCUGACCACGUGAGUGGGUACCUCCAGUUCAGAGUGGAGGUCACAUCUUCUGUGCAUGAAGAUGCUUCUCCAGAAGCUGUUGGCACGAUACUUGGAGUCAAUACUGUGAAUGGAGACCUAGGAAGCCCUUCUGAUGAGGAGGACAUGCCAGGGGGCCAUCAUGACAGCACGGUUUGUUCCAAUGGACCAGUUUCUGAGGAAAGUGCUAAUGGGACCCCCAAGCAUUCUUUCAGGACUAGCUCUACUCUGGAAAUAGACUCAGAAGAAUUAACCUCUACUUCUUCAAGGACCUCACCUCCCAGAGGACGUCAGGAUUCACUCAAUGAUUAUUUAGAUGCUAUUGAACACAAUGGCCAUUCCAGGUCGGGUGCAGCUACUUGUUCGGAAAGGUCCAUGGGAGCCUCUCCGAAACUAAGGAGUAGUUUUCCCACCGACACAAGACUCAAUGCAAUGCUUCAUAUCGACUCAGAUGAAGAAGACCACGAGUUCCAGCAAGACCUGGGUUAUCCAUCCUCCUUGGAGGAGGAAGGAGGGUUGAUAAUGUUUAGCAGCGCGUCAAGAACUGAUGAUGGGAGCCUGACAUCUCAGAUAAAGCCAGAAGACAACACGGUGGAGAAUGAGGAAGCCUCCACCAUUGAAGCUGCUUCCUUCGAGGACAAGCCAGAAAAUCUUCCAGAGCUUGUGGAGAGCUCCUUACCCCCAGGCUCAGUCCCUGAUGAAAGUGAGAAUGCUCCGGAGUCUCAGCCAAGUGCUGACCAGGGGAGCACGGAAUUGUGCGGCUCUCAGGAGGUAGAUCAGCCCACAAGUGGGGCAGACACGGGCACUUCUGACACGUCAGGAGGAAGCCGAAGAGCCAUCAGUGAGAUGGAGUCCCUUGAUCAGGGGUCUGAGCCUUCCCAGGUGUCCUCGGAAACAGAGCCCAGUGACCCUGCCAGGACAGAGAGCGUGAGCGAGGCCAGCACCAGGCCUGAGGGAGAGAGUGACCUGGACGGGGCCGACAGCUCCUGCAAUGAGAGUGUUACCACGCAGCUGUCCUCGGUGGAGACACGGUGCUCAUCUCUCGAGAGUGCGCGGUUUCCCGAAACCCCAGCCUUUUCUUCUCAGGAGGAGGAAGAUGGAGCCUGCGCAGCAGAGCCCACCAGCAGUGGCCCUGCUGAAGGGUCACAGGGUUCCAUAUGCACUCCUGGUUCUUUACCUGUAGUGCAGGCGCCCAGUGGAGAGGAGGAAGGGCCGGGGGCAGAAUCGGCUACUUCACCUGACCAGGAGGAGGUGGGGGAGGUCUGGCAGCGGAGGGGGAGCCUGGAGGGAGCUGCUGCUGCUACUGAGAGCCCGCCCCAAGAAGAGCGUGAUGCGGGGCAUGCCCAAGGGGCUUGUGAAGGGGCCACUGCCCAGGAGGAGGGCGCGACCGGAGGUUCUCAAGCCAACGGCCACCAGCCUUUGCGAUCACUGCCUUCAGUGCGCCAGGAUGUUAGCCGGUACCAGAGGGUGGACGAGGCUCUCCCACCAAACUGGGAGGCACGCAUUGACAGCCAUGGCAGGAUCUUCUACGUGGAUCACGUAAACAGAACCACGACUUGGCAGCGGCCCACAGCUCCCCCUGCCCCGCAGGUGCUGCAGAGGUCCAACUCCAUACAGCAGAUGGAGCAGCUGAACCGGCGAUACCAGAGUAUCCGCAGAACCAUGACUAACGAGAGGCCUGAGGAAAACACCAAUGCGAUUGAUGUGGCAGGGGAGGAAGCCGACUUUCACCAAGCCAGUGCAGAUUUCCGACGGGAGAACGUCCCGCCCCACUCUACCUCCAGAUCCAGGCUCACGUUGCUGUUACAGUCUCCCCCCGUGAAGUUCCUCAUCAGCCCAGAGUUCUUCACUGUGCUGCAUUCUAACCCUAGUGCCUACCGCAUGUUUACAAACAACACGUGUUUGAAGCACAUGAUCACCAAAGUCCGGCGGGACACCCACCACUUUGAACGCUACCAGCAUAACCGGGACCUUGUGGGAUUCCUCAACAUGUUUGCAAACAAACAACUGGAGCUGCCGAGGGGCUGGGAAAUGAAACAUGAUCAUCAGGGCAAGGCAUUUUUUGUCGAUCACAACUCGCGUACCACCACUUUCAUCGAUCCCCGGCUCCCGCUUCAGAGCAGCAGACCCACGAGCGCGCUGGUGCAUCGACAGCACCUGACCAGGCAGCGCAGCCACAGCGCAGGCGAGGUAGGAGAAGAUUCUCGACAUGCAGGACCACCAGUUCUUCCCAGGCCAUCAAGUACGUUCAAUACAGUUAGUAGGCCACAGUACCAGGACAUGGUUCCAGUGGCUUACAAUGACAAGAUUGUUGCAUUUCUGCGCCAGCCCAACAUCUUUGAAAUUCUACAGGAGCGUCAACCUGAUCUUACCAGGAAUCACUCACUCAGGGAGAAGAUCCAAUUUAUCCGAACUGAAGGGACCCCAGGAUUGGUGCGUCUUUCAAGUGAUGCCGACCUUGUUAUGUUGCUGAGUUUAUUUGAAGAAGAGAUAAUGUCAUAUGUGCCUCCACAUGCCUUACUCCAUCCCAGCUACUGUCAGUCCCCACGUGGCUCUCCUGUGUCCUCUCCCCAGAACUCACCAGGUACUCAGCGUGCCAAUGCCCGUGCUCCAGCCCCUUACAAGCGAGACUUUGAAGCCAAACUAAGAAACUUUUACAGGAAGUUAGAGACUAAAGGAUAUGGACAAGGCCCAGGGAAAUUAAAGUUAAUUAUCAGAAGAGAUCACUUGCUCGAAGAUGCUUUUAAUCAGAUUAUGGGCUACUCCAGAAAAGACCUGCAGAGAAAUAAGCUGUAUGUCACAUUUGUUGGGGAGGAAGGGCUGGAUUACAGUGGACCUUCCAGAGAGUUUUUCUUCCUGGUAUCCAGAGAACUCUUUAACCCAUAUUAUGGCUUAUUUGAAUAUUCAGCCAAUGACACAUACACAGUACAAAUAAGUCCCAUGUCUGCUUUUGUAGACAAUCACCAUGAAUGGUUCCGGUUCAGUGGUAGGAUCCUUGGUCUUGCACUAAUUCACCAGUAUUUGUUGGAUGCCUUCUUCACACGGCCCUUUUAUAAGGCUCUUCUCAGAAUUCUCUGUGACCUGAGUGAUCUAGAAUACCUUGAUGAAGAAUUUCACCAGAGCCUGCAGUGGAUGAAAGACAAUGACAUCCAUGACAUCCUGGACCUCACGUUCACUGUGAACGAAGAAGUUUUUGGGCAGAUUACCGAACGAGAAUUAAAACCAGGGGGUGCUAACAUCCCAGUCACCGAGAAGAAUAAGAAGGAGUACAUCGAGAGGAUGGUGAAAUGGAGGAUUGAGAGGGGUGUUGUGCAGCAAACAGAGAGCUUAGUGCGUGGCUUUUAUGAGGUGGUGGAUGCCAGGCUGGUAUCUGUUUUUGAUGCGAGAGAGCUAGAACUGGUCAUCGCAGGCACAGCUGAAAUAGACCUAAGUGAUUGGAGGAACAACACAGAAUAUAGAGGAGGAUAUCAUGACAAUCAUAUUGUAAUUCGGUGGUUCUGGGCUGCAGUGGAAAGAUUCAACAAUGAACAACGACUAAGGUUGUUACAGUUUGUUACAGGCACAUCCAGCAUUCCCUAUGAAGGAUUUGCUUCUCUCCGAGGGAGUAACGGCCCAAGAAGAUUCUGUGUGGAGAAAUGGGGGAAAAUCACCGCUCUUCCCAGAGCUCACACUUGUUUUAACCGUCUGGAUCUCCCUCCGUACCCAUCCUUCUCCAUGCUUUAUGAAAAACUCUUGACAGCAGUUGAAGAGACCAGUACCUUUGGACUUGAGUGACCUGGAGGCACAAUGCCCCGCUCCGUGUAGACAGGCAAUUCCAGAAGCUGCCCUCUAGAAGAAUGGCUGAACAUUGGAAGUUUCAAGAGUACACUUCCAUUAGAGUAAAGCUGAGUGCUGUUAUUUUCCAGGAACACGUGUUCUGCCACAUUUGGGGACUGGAUAGUGGUGAUGAGUACUCUUGGAAGGAUUUGGGUGAGCUUGAUGCCCAGGGAACCACCCAACAAUCUUUCAAUCAACAGUUCUUGACUGCCAAACUUUUUUCCAUUUGUUAUGUUCCAAGAUGAAGAUGAACCUGUACACGAUCAGCUCCAUGAUAACUUUUAGAGACUCAGGAGAAUCUUGAAACUUACCUUUGAACAUGAUUCAAGCCAAACUGGCAGCGCUUGGCCCAAUCUCCAAAUUAGUGCAAGUUAAAUAACAUAAUAAAAACAAAUAUAUCUCCUGAAAAUACAUUCAUUUAAGCCCUAAGUUAUAGCAGAAUAUUCAUUUUCUUGCUUAUGAGUGCCUGCAUGGUGUGCACCAUAGGUUUCAGCUUUCAUGGGACACAGUGAAAAUGAAACCAAGUCAAUAUGAGGUAACCUUAAAGAUUUGCAAUAAGGUGGUCUGUGACAAUGUAUAUGCAAAGUGGUAUGUGUGUAAUUAUGGCCGAAGACAAACUGUUAUUCAGUGAAUUACUAAUGACAGAUUUUAUGCUUUAUAAUGCAUGAAAACAGUUUUAAAAUAACUAGCAAUUAAUCACAGCAUAUCAGGAAAAAGUACACAGUGAGUUCUGUUUAUUUUUUAUAAGUUCAUUAUAUUUAUGUUCUCUAAGAUGUAUAUAAGAACCUACCUAUCAUACUGUACGUAUCAUCUGUUCCAUUUUCGUGUUCCAUGCUUACUAGGGCAUCAUGCUAAUAUGUAUCCUUUUAAGCACUCUCAAAGGGAACAAAAGGGCCUUUUAUAUUUAUAAAGGUACAAAAAAAUUCCCCAAAAUAUUUUGCACUGAAUGUACCAAAGUUGAAGGGACAUUACAAUAUGACUAACAGCAACUCCAUCACUUGACAAGUAUAAUAGAAAAUAGCUUCUAAAUCAAACUUUCUUCACAGUGCCAUGUCUACCACUACAAGGACUGUGCAUCUAAGUAAUAAUUUUUUAAGAUUCACUCUAUGUGAUAGUAUGAUAUGCAUUUAUUUAAAAUGCAUUAGACUCUCUUCCAUCCAUCAAAUACUUUUCAGGAUGGCAUUUAAUACAUAUAUUUCGUAUUUCUCCCACUGCUUUUUAUUUGUACAGCAUCGUUAAACACUAAGCUCAGUUAGGGAGCCAUCAGAAACACCCAAGAGAUCAGCUCUCUUUAGUAAUAAGAAUUCCAUUUCCCCUCACCAGUGAAGACAUCACAAAUUGAAACUCUCAGUACUAUAUUUCUAAGCCUGCAUUUUCACUGAUGGAUAAUUUUCUUAUCAAUAUUAAGAAACAAUUUUUCUAUGAUAUCUCAGAAACUGCAUGACAUCACUAAAGUUAUUUUUGCUUAGUUUAUCAGAGGGUGUUCUUCAUUUUUAUUGCUUUGGGGUCAUUCCACAUCCUUGUUUAUUUCUUGACUUAACGGUCGUAACUAAUCAGGUGUUCAAUAGAGUGAACUUAAAUUGAGGGUAAUAAAAUCAUUGGAUUAAACAUUUGGUUUGCCAGCCUAUGGUAUUACAGGCAUUGCCCAAAUACUUCUUCGAGAACUAUAUUUAUAAGCAACCAUGGAAUUCCUAUUAUGGGGUGUUGGCAAUCCUACAUUUUAUGGAGGUCAAAUGCGUGGUUUUCAUAGGUGGUUUGUAAGAACUGAUUUCACUGUUGGUUAAGCUACAUUUACUAUUGGGACCCUCAGGAGGAAUACCACUCAUGUUGCAUUCCUGCUCUAAAGGCAAGUACUGUGGUGUGGAGAAACGUUCUGGGGAAAAGGUUUCAGAAAUCUGGAAAUAAGAAGGAAAGAUUUAUCUGUGUACUAUAAUUGUAUCAGAAAGAAAGAGAAAAAGAUUUGAACUGGAAAUGUUAGUUUGUACUUACUUAUCAUGAAUAUAAGUAUAUAUUUAAUCUUACAAACUAUUUUUACUUGUAUUUUUUUCAUUAUAAGGAAAAAUAGUAUAACAUGCUUUUUUUUAAAAAAAAACACACAUUUUUGAUGGUAUGUAAGAUGUUUCAGAGCUGGCAUUCUCUAAGCAGCUGAUACAGAAGGUUGCAUUUCUUUCAAAAAUACUUUCAUAGACCAUGUCAGCUUGCAUUUUGGUUUGUGACACUUUGUUACCAUAUUACACAUUAUUAGGUAAAAGAGAUUUGAAAUAAAAUAUCUCUCUUUAACUAUUUUUAGCAAAUAUACUUCUUUGUUAAGGCAUCCAGCUUCUUUCCAAAUACCAGUAUAAUCGUCUAGCUGCUACCAUUCUCAGAAUUGGGAAUUAUCCAAGAUGGACCUCUCACAUCAGAACACCAUGAUAACUGAUCUAUUAUUAUUCAUUAGUAAAAGAGUCCAAUAAUAACUAUUUAAAAUAUUAAAUAACAUUUCCACAGAAUAAAUUAGACUUUAAUAUACUCUACAAAUAGAAAUAUCUGUAAAUAUUUUCUUCUGGACUAUGAACCUAGAUAAUUUGGCUGUCUGAUCUUGUUUUCUUUAAGAAACUCAUAAGUGAUGCUUAUACUAUAAAAGACAGUCACGAUACAUCAAAUAUGUAUGCAGAGCUUCUGUUAGGUGAGAGAAGAGGCCCACUAUUGGCAUUCACUCUGUGCCAGCCACUGUGUUUGAUGAUGGAGCUGCAAGAUUCAAAAAUCUGCCUCAAGAAGCUCACAGUCUAGUGGAGUAGACACCAAGGUUCAAAGAAAGUAUUUUAAAUAAAAGUUGGUAUGUUCUACAGUCAAGGAAUGAGGAGAGAAUGGCUUGCUCCAUCUGGGGGUUCCAGUGAAGGGUUCAUACGUGGGAGAUACUGUGGCUAAAAAAAAAUCAUAUAAAUGUUCUUGCUGUUGGUAACUAAUGGCGUGUAACAGUGUGAUGAUACUGGUCAAGUGUGGAAGCCCAGUGUGUGUUUACACACAGAGUUUAAAGUGUGCAGGUGGGGAGCUGAACUGUGAAGGACCAACUCAAGGAUCUUCAAAUUACCCAAAAAAUGCCAGAAUUAAGUUCAGUAGUUUCCCUUCAUCUGCACUACAGUGUACCUUUGGUUUUCAGUGUGAAAAAUCCCAGUCCUUGAGCCCAUCCACCACUGGGGUCAAAACUUUUUUCUUGUGCACAAAACGAAUGGAUCUUGGUCAAAGAAGUGCGGUCACAAUUUUCUACCAUAUAUUGUGUUUAUAAUUAAGUAGAAGUUCUGUAAUAAAUGAAGGAAAAUUUGUUGUACUUGCUUAACAAUCAGAAGUUUAAAAAAACCUGCAUUCAAAUGAUUAACAGUAACGGUAGAAUAUGUUUGAACAGCGCUUUACUGUUGCUAAGCACUUUUAAGUGCUUAGUCUCUCUUGAUCUUCACACUCUGUGGGGUAGAAGGUAUCAGGCCCCAUCUGGGUUGAGGCUGAUUUUCACAGGUGGCUUGUGUGAUCAAUUUUAGUAGUUUACAGCUACAGUUCUAGGUUUCAUCUCGAGAAAUGUGGAGACUAAUGUUUCUACCAAACUAUUCCAAUUUCAGUGAAGUUUACAAGCUGCUUUGUCUACCCAAACUCUCAUUUUUUCAAACACUCUUAAAAUGUGACACCUCUGAAAAGUCCAUGAAGAAAUUAGCAUAUUCAUGGAAAACCUCCCCAUAUUCUUAAUGUUUCCAUUUUACUACUUGUUAUGAGAAAUUAAAAACAAACUACAAAGUUUGAUUGCUUUUGGUGGAUUUAUAUAGUAUAGUAAGUUUAGUUUUCUCAAAUAUUAUUUGGAAGCAAAGUAAUGAAAAAACACUUUAAUUAGAAGCCUGAUUUUAUUUUUUAAUUUUGGACAAGGAUGGAUCUAGAAAACCCUGAUAGCUGAGUUCCAGUGACGUGGAUGAAGGAACUACUGCAGGUUCUCUUUUCCUCUCUGUCCUCCUCACAUUCCUCCAACUUUUUUUUUUCUAUCUGCACGAAUUGUAUUUAUGACUUGACUACUUCUAAGGCAAACAUCUGAUAACGAAUAGCCUUAAAGUCUUUCUUCCAAUCCAACCCAAUUCGGAAAAUUCCCACUGAGGAUGAAAUGAUGCUAUACCAUCAUUACAAGAUACCUAUCACCCUGCAUAGAAAAAAACGCAAAUAAAGAACACGCUUCAUCCUCAAACUGAAUCUGACUUUCAGGCCCUUUUGUGCUCUCUUACCUUUUUUCUGAUUUAAUUGAUGAAUGAAAACACUCUAAAUCUUAGACACCUUCUAUAAAAUUUGAGUUUAAAUUAAUGAGAAUGUCACUUUCAGAUAGAUCCUAAUUUUGCAAAAACUAUUGCCUUUCUAGUUCGAUUGUGUUUUCUAGAUAGAUUUGCUUUUCUAAUAUGGAAGCAAAGAAAUGUCAGAGACGUCAAGCUUUCUGAAUUGUGGCUUAAGGCCAACAACUUGCUGCCCACUAGAAAGAUGAUAGAAACAAAAAUCAGAAAAGAGGAGCCCAGCAGUGGUGCCUCCCUCCCUCCCCGACCCCUGCCAAGAAUGUAGUGCUAAUUAUUGACCAGCCUUCAAGAUUCAGGAGUGGUAACUGCAUUCCAAGGAGCUGGCACAAAGGAUAUACAUAAUGUGUGUGCACUACCCAUAUCAGAGCAGUCCACAGGACUGUAGCAGAGGGAAAGUUAAAACCAAGAUGGAAGGAUCAUCUUAGGGCUUGCUGGUGGGUGUAGGAACAUAUACUUUGGUUUCUGACUUAGAGAAGAAGAAUGCCAUGCUGCCUAAUGAGAGCACUGCUUGGUAAUCUACCUGGUGGGAAAUACCCUUAUUUUAUAACUUAAGUAGGUUGAUAACAUUUUAUGUGUUGCAAAACAGAACUUAGCCCCAAAGUAUUAAAGCUAACUGUAGCUCAAUCAGGAGAUUCAACAAUUUAGCAUUAAAUUAUGUUGUGGACUAUUUUUAAUUUAAGAAUUAUCAUUACUAUUACUGAACUUUGUAUGGGAAAAAUGAGAGAGGGUGUUGUUGCUUGACACAUUUAUUUUGCCUAAUUUGUUUUUUAGCAGACAUUCUUUGAUGUUACAAUCGUUUUUGAGACAUUUUUCUUGGUUUCUAAUGGUAACUUAAAUGUUCACUGUUCAUCUAAAAAGCAGAAACCUAAGAAUUAGGUUACUGAAUUGCAAAUGGAGACCUAAUAAGUGUUUCCAGUUUUUUGAGAAAUUCAUCAAGACUGAAAUACAUUUGCUUAGAUUUAAUCUGUUAGGUAGUUUAUUGGGCUUUCAUGAUCGAACAGUUCAGCAGAAUUGGAAGGGCCUACUUGUACGGUUUCUGGGGAACACAGGAAAAUUAAAUUUAAAUAUGUGAUUUUUACAUCUGGUGGCCUUGGGCAGGUGAUAUCUUUCUAUCCAAUUUUCUUUUAAGAUAUUACAGCCCUCAGGAGUGUUGAUAGGUAUAGUGUAUGAUUCAAACUGAAUCAGCUAUUACUGAUGCAGGUAAGGAACCAUUAGUAAACUCUUGGUUACUAUCACCUUCUAUAAAAAAAAGGAUGGAUAAUGUUCAAGAAAUACCUUGGAAGGACUAACCAAGAAACACACAAAAUGAAUGUUCUUUUAGGACCCUAAUGCUCUAAAAGAUGUUAUUACAACCUAUUUUUCUUUAUAUGAUAUCAUAAGUAAAAUGGAGGCUGGUAUAUGUUGGAAAGUGCAUAAGAUUACAUGUUUUUAUAAUAGGGAUGCAGGCAUUCCAAAAUAAAUAAAUAAAAAUACAUGCAUCUCUCUUGCCUCUUACUGAAAGUAUUAAUCUAAUUUUAUAAUAAUGCUUAGUUUUUAAUAUUAAGGCUCUGUAAAAGAAAAACACAUUUAUUUCUAAGACGUAGAGCACGGGUCAUGUAUUUUUUUAAGCCUUCCAAUUUCUUUUCACCAACUCCACCCAUUGUGUCUAUUACACCAUGUCACAAUUAAUAGUUAUGUUUCUAUUUUUGUUGAGUUGAUUUAAGCUUUAUAUUUAUUCAAUGUGACUUUUAAUAGAGAAUAAUAAUGGGAAGUAUUUGCUAUUGACACUGAAAUUAUACAGCUCUCAUUUCACCUUAUAUUUCAAUUUCAUCUUUAUUUUUUCCCCAAGCAAAUAAUACAGACUGUUGACAUCCUAGAAAUGAAUCAUGGGUGGUAUUAAAUGGAGCCUGGGACUCUGAAAUGUAGACUUGUUGUUUGUUUUCUGUAUUCUUAUCCUAACCUGAACCCCUGACUUUUGUGUUGUAUUUUUUUAUGACUCUGAAAUGCUUUGAGGGAAAGAUAUUUUAAUGUGUACAAUUUGUUUUAUUUUCAUACUGAUCUCUAUUUUUGUUUAAAACCAUGUUGCAUCAUGAAAUCACUUAAUCCAAAAUAAAUCUUCUUUAAAAAAAUA